AUGCGACUUCUUGCACGCGUGUGCGUAUUGAUAUUGCUGCUGCCGCCGACAAUGGGAAGCAACGGACUCUUUAUUUCAAUACUGUCACUACUAUAGUGAGCACAGUAGAUCGAGUCUGAGCUGACGAUUAUCUUUCAAGUAGGGCGAUGGAAAACAGCUUUCUUUUUCUGAUUGUAACACUCGCAUGUGUGGUAAAUGUCACAUGCAAAUUAAAUAAAAAACAAAGUGCAGAAUGCGAAUUGCCGGAGAACCUGAUGAAAGAAAUUGAUUCUUACGCGCCAGUAGUAAAAACAAUCGUAGAGGCUGCAGUUAACGGUACUUAUAAAGGCGCGACAUGGCAAGAACUGGCAUAUUUCGUGGACAAAUUUGGUUCGAGAAUUUCUGGAUCUAAAGCAUUGGAAGAUUCGAUCGAUUACGUACUUGAAAGAUCGCAUAAAUUGAAGCUUGAUAAUGUUCAUGGGGAGACGGUUAAAGUGCCGAAUUGGAUCAGAGGAAAAGAAUCAGCCAGUUUGAUGAAACCUCGAGUUAAGCAUUUGGCGAUGCUUGGCUUGGGUUAUAGUGUUGGCACUCCACCGGAAGGCAUAACCGCCAAAGCAAUCGUGGUGAAAAGCUUCGCUGAGUUAAAACAACGAGCGGCCGAAGUACCAGGGUGCAUCGUUGUUUACAAUCAGAAGUUCGUCUCGUAUAACGAAACCGUGCAAUACAGAUCUCAUGGUGCUUCGGAGGCGGCUAAACUUGGUGCCGUCGCAGUACUCAUUCGAUCGGUGACACCGUUUUCCUUGUACACUCCGCACACCGGCAUGAUGAGCUAUGCCAGCAACGUCAAGCAAAUUCCCGCAGCCUGUAUUACCGUUGAAGAUGCUGCACUAUUAAACCGAAUAGCUGAUCGAGGUGACGAUCUGCAGAUCAAUAUUAAAAUGGAAGCGAAAAAUUAUCCCGACGUAGAGUCGCGCAACAUUAUCUCUGAAGUAACAGGAACAGUUUUACCAGAAAAAGUUGUUGUCGUAUCUGGACACAUCGACAGUUGGGACGUCGGCCAAGGUGCUAUGGAUGAUGGCGGAGGUGCCUUUAUCUCCUGGAAUGCCUUAAUUUUACUUAGAAAACUCGGCUUACAAGCGAGGCGCACAAUACGAUCUAUUAUGUGGACUUGCGAGGAGUUGGGAAUCGUUGGUGCAACGCAGUACAUAAGAAGCCACAAAUCAGAAGAGUCGAAUCUGCAGUUAGUCAUGGAAUCCGAUAUGGGAACUUUUACUCCUCUCGGGCUUGAGGUAACUGGAACGGAAUUAGUUAAAUGUAUUUUGCAGAGGGUUUUGAGAUUGCUCAAGCCCAUGGGAGAGCUGGGAAUCCGCAGUCCUCACGGAGGACCAGACAUCGAAGAAUGGGUUAAUUCAGGUGUGCCCGGUGCAUCCCUUUGGAAUAAAAAUGACAGAUAUUUUUGGUAUCAUCACACAAAUGCCGAUACCAUAGCAGUUGAAAGUCCGCAUGCUCUCGACAAAGGAACUGCUCUUUUUGCUGCGGUGUCUUACGUCAUCGCUGAUCUUAGCAUCGAUUUACCACAUCAUGGUAAAAAAUCGCACUCUAAACAUCCAAUUUAUCAUCAAUAAAAGGUUCAAUAAAGUCCACCCUAUGUAUGAAAGAA